AUGGCUUCUGAAACAGCUUCUGAAGACGGACCCGGACACAAUAGCAUCCACGACCCUAUCAAGGUCGAGGAGAACGCCCCGGCACCCCCUGCUGCUCCCGGGCCUCCUCCUGACGGUGGGACUGUUGCGUGGCUCCAAGUAGCGGCCGGUUUUAUGCUUUUCUUCAACACAUGGGGCAUGAUCAAUACUUUUGGAGUUUUCCAAACCUACUAUGAGAGUGGUGAACUUUUUACGGCCUCAUCAUCUGACAUCUCCUGGAUUGGUUCGAUUCAAUGUUUCCUCCUCCAGCUGACUGGGCUGAUUGCGGGCCCUCUCUACGACCGUGGUCAUCUUCGAUUGCUGCUUGUGACAGGUAGCUUCAUGGUUGUCUUUGGGCUUAUGAUGCUCUCACUAUGUAAGGAGUACUGGCAGGCUUUACUUGCCCAGGCUUUCUGCGUUGGCAUUGGAGGUGGAUUGCUCUUCACGCCAACUGUGUCUUUACUGCCUACAUACUUCAGCUCACGUAUUGGGCUCGCCGUCGGUAUUGCCUCGUCAGGAUCCUCCCUUGGUGGUGUCAUUUAUCCUACCGUGCUUUACAGGCUCCUAUUCAACAACAAAAUCAGCUUUCCUUGGGCUGUGCGCGUAAUUGGAUUGAUCGCGCUCGCCACAUUUAUCUUGCCUGUGCUUGUUAUGCGGGUCAGAGUCCAAGCGCCUAAGCCGCGUGCUAUCAUUGACUGGGCUGCUUUUACUGAUGGGCCAUACAUUGUGUUUUCACUUGGCUUGCUAAUUCUCUUCAUUGGCAAUGCGAUUCUGAUUUUCUACAUUUCCUUCUACUCGGAGAACAAAGGCUUCACCGAUACCGAGCUGGCUUUCUACCUAGUCGCAGUUUUCAAUGCAGCAUCGAUCCUUGGACGUAUUGCACCAAAUGCAUUAUCCGACCGCAUCGGAGUUUUCAACACAAUCGCACCUGUCUCAUUCCUCUUGGGAGUCGUUAUUCUAUGCCUACUCGGUGUUGUUAACAAGGCUGGAAUGAUCGUCGAAGCCAUUGUCACGGGAUUCUUCAGUGGUGUCGUCGUUGCACUACCACCAGUUUGCUUCCGAAUGCUUACUGAAAACAAAGCUAUGAUUGGCACUCGUGUUGGGCAGGGAUUUGCCAUUGGCGGCUUUGGUUUGUUAAUUGGCGGGCCAAGUGGCGGUGCUAUCCUAGGGUCUGAUGAUGACUGGACGGCCAUUUGGGUCUACGGAGGCGUGGCCGCAUGUGUUGCUGGAUUGAUCAUGAUGGUGGUCCGAGUGAUGAAGGCCGGUCUCAAGCCUGUCAAGGUGUGA